AUGGUCAGGAUGAUCGACUUGCGCAGCCGCGUGACUGGCCAUUGGCCAUUCGCGGGUCCAGUGUACCUGACUCACAUUGGGAAACCAAGCUGUGAAGGACCUCUCGAGGAGGAGAACCUCCCGCACUACCGGUGGGUAUUCCAAGCGCAUGGAAGGACUGUCUAUGGCUAA